CCUCAGCACUUACACAGUCUUGCAGGAAGCACAAAUAUGUGUGCGUGUGUGCUGGUUUAUGAGCAACGGUGGAACUGUUUGCAUUUUAUUAACUUACCGCUGUUGGUGUAAAGGUGGAUUUUAGCCUUGAGACAAAGGAGAAGAGAAGAGAAGAGAAGAGAAGAGAAGAGAACUUCCAAAAUGGGAUAGAAAAAGCAAUCAAACUGACACUCUGAGUUGAGACACUGGACUUGGGUGAGUCAGAGAGACAGGGAGGACAAAACAGUGGAUGGACAUGGGCAGAGAGCGACUCACUCUGGGACUGCUGCUGCGUUUGGGCAUCCUGUUCACUGCUGUGUGUGUGUGCAUUCAUCUUUACCUGGAGAGAGGUUGGCAGGGUGCCUCAGCACCCUUGGCUUUGAGACGUCCAACUAAAUCUAAUCAGAAGUGGGGUGAACAGAGUAAAAUGAAACAGGUGUCUGCAGAAGAAGCAGAGGAGCUGGGCAAAAGCAUUAAAAGGAGAAUUUCUUAUGUUCACAAACUGAAGAAGGACAGUCUAGUUAGGAAGACUGAGGGAGACACAGAGGGCCCCUCACCACGAUGCUGCCCGCCUCUGCAACUACACAGAAAGACACCACGGUGGCAUAUAGACCUGGAGCCCUGGGCCAGUGAGAGUCAGUCACUGGAGGAUGAAGCUAAAAGGUUCCUCAGCUACAUCACAACUCAGCAAGUGUCAUGUGCGUCACUUCGAGGCAAGAAAGCAGACCAGGAAGGGUCCACUGGGGCAUGGGCUGUGUGCCUGGAUCCCGAUUAUAAACUGAUCCACAGGAUAGAGAGCAGACACUGCAGGGUGUACUCUUUUGGGUUAGGAGUGGACGACCGGUCCCUGGAAAAUUCUCUCGCCCAAUCAGGCUGUGAAGUCCACUGUUUUGAUCCCAGCCUUAAGCAGCCUCACCUGCAACAAGCUGAAAUGUGGCUCCAUCGUCUUUCUGUAGAUUGGAGGGAUCCCAGCCCGGCCGUUGUUGCCCAGCGUCAGUAUGCCAGCACGAAGAAACUAGCCACCAUACUUAAUGACUUUGGACACAGAGAGGUGGAUGUACUGAAGGCAGACAUGGAGAGUGCAGAAUGGAAGAUUUUGGAAAAUUUGAUCCUCGAAAGAGUUCUGGACUCAGUGGGACAGCUGCUGCUGGAGCUUCACCUGCACUGGGCAGGCUUUGAGGUGGGUGGCGAUGAGCCAUCUGUGGUGCGGUACUGGUACAGCCUGCUGAAGGAGCUUGAACGCUCCGGCUUCCACCUCUUCCACAUCCACAGCGAUCCUGCCAAACCUCACAUUUUUCUACAGAAGAAUGUGCUUAAUGCCAGCAGUGCUUACACCUUGAGCUGGGUGAAUACUCAGUGGAGGCCUUUAGGGAAACCAGAUAGAACUCAAAAAUAACUUUUUACCGUCGCUGAUAACUGGAAGUCUGAAUGUGUAACAUGGACUUUCUGGGGCACAGCGCUCUUCAAAUACACUGCUCUUAUCUGGCCCGACCUUCGAAAAAAAAAAAAGUAAAAAUCUCUGCUCCUACUUAUCCUCCCGCUCAUCCUCUGCUGGCCUGCGAUGACCUAAGCCAAGUAAAGGAGCAGCAUAAUUACCUCCAGAGGCUCUGUGUUCUACCUCAUAGUGGCUGUAUUAUUGGCUGCAGGAAAGUCACAGUCAAAAUCAUCAAGGUACUAUCUAAGCCUGGCCCAAAGCCAGGCGGUCCUACCCGAUAGUAGACAGCAGAAGUCCAGAGACCACGCAGCUCACGAGCUAAAUUAUGAAUUCAAGGAAGCGGAUACAGCGUUACAGGGUCACCGACAGUGAGUGAAUAUUUUAAGGAGGCGGGAAAGAGACGGGAUCUGCUCCUGAAGUAGUUUCCAUGCAUCAUCACAGCAUGACAAUGUGAUAAAUGGGACUGUACACUCGUACAGAGUUUGCUUGUUGGCUAUUUAAACGUGGAUAUUUGUGCAAGAGAAAAACAACUGUAAUUCCAGUUUCUUGAAUUAUAAUAGAAUAACUCCCACUCCAACAAUUCACACAUAAGAAUUUUACACCAUCAGUUCCCUUCCUCAUGUUCAGCUGGCAUUUGUCUGUUCAGCACCGCAACACUGCCAACAAUCAGGAAAAGUAACACUUUCAAAUAACAACAUUAUUCAGUUAUUGAAAUGUACCAAACCUUUUGAUGAUGAACUGAAUUUCUCCUCAUGAUUUUGAUUUUAAAGAAUAAACACUUUGGGGGGUUUUUCCCCAAAGGAAGGAGUGCUUCGUUUUUUGAAAAGGUAGACUUUAGGUUGUUUAUUUCCACAAAGAGAUGGCCUUACAGCUGAAAACAAAGAAUAUAUUUUAUCAAGAAUAUGAAAGGUAUACUACCAGAACAUUGGAAAAUACAAUAACAAAAAAAAGAAGAAGAAAAAAGAAACAUUAAAAAUAACAAGGUACCCCCUGUAAUACUUCUUCUGCAGUAGGAACAAUCCUUUGAAAGUAUAUAUGCUUGUUUGUACAGAUAUUACAUGACUAAGUAUUUUGAUCUUUCACAGGGUAAAAAACAAAUACACCUGUACAAUCAGACUGGAUACCAGUCUUUUGGCUUUGACUCAAAAACAGUUCCAGACCAUGAGACAAUUGGCCUCCUCCUUUUUAUUGAGCCAGUCAGGUCAUGUCCAUUAUUUCCAGAAACCGCUCCUCAGGGACAGAUCUAAUCCCAGAGUUUUAUCUGUCCAUCCCAGCCACAGGUGAUGACCUUGGAGGUUUCAUGUGGAUGCCACAGGGCGCUGAUGCACACCUUGUCAUGAGCCUUGAUCCUGUGAUAAAGCUUGGUGGUUUUCCAGUCCCAGAUGUUCAGCUUUCCAUCUGCAUCUCCUGACACCACAUAACUGGUAGAAAGAAACGUGUUUCAUAAUUAGCACAUGGUUAUAAAAAUAAAGAAAUAACUUCUGUCUUCACUUCAGCAGCCAAAAGGUGAGAGUUGGAAUUUUUGGUAUUUAAUCUAGGCAGGGGUUGCAAUGUUGCCAUGGAUACUGAAAGGAAGUGAGGGCACCUGCUCACAGUCGUGGGUGGUGGGUGAGAAGAGGGACAAAAAAGGGUCUUAAUGGGCAUUUUGUGUAAAAAAAAAAUAGGACGAUAUCCUGUGAGCUCUCCUAGUGAUGGCUGUAUGGGGUGUUUUUUGCCAAGAGUGCUUCAUUACCUGGAUGCAUUUUAAAGCUCAGGAUGAGAAACAGCUUACAGAAUACAAGCAAAGGUACCUCAAUGUACUGAUCAUCUGCAGAAUGGUGCAUUUGGACCCAGUUUUUAAUUCACCCAUCACACUAAUAGUAAAUUUCUAUUCAUAAGUACUGUUUAGUAUUUACUAGUGGAAUAUUCUAAAGCUUUAAGCAUCUCUACUUUGUGGUUUCUGGUAGAAUAAAACUGCCCUUCAGAGUGACAUUGUGAAGGCUUACCUCAUGUCUGGGGAGAAGUCCACUUGGCAUGCAUAGCCAGCUACCAUGUGACCCUUGAAGACUUUCUUUUUGUUUAGUCUGAAGCGGUUUUGGGCUCCAAAGAUCAAAAUCUGGUUGUCCAUGGACUGACAGGCAAGCCAUUUACCUUAAAAAACAAAACAAUAAACCAUUGGCCAACUAUUCUGCAAAGCACUUGUGCCCUUGAUAACACAAAAAACCAAAGAGAAAACAAAAGCAUUUUUUGGAUGUUCACAGUGAAAUUUCAAGGUAAUGUUUGAGUUCAAAUUCAAACACAUAUAAACUUUAAAAGUUGUCCCCAAACCUUUUAAAUGCAUUAUUUGCAUGAUUCUGUACAGCCAAGUGUUUAACAAGCAGCCCCUCAGAUCUUCAGUGCGGUAUUUUGAUGAUAUCUUCCACUGCUAGCAUGCGCUAAACCUGACAGUGCAAAAACUGUGAUCUGGAGGGACAUUAACUAACAGCAGGUACACAGUAAUGGUAGAAACUGCCUCAUGGCCAAAAUUCUUCAAAACAGCAAAACUGGAAAUUUGGAUUGAAGUGGACAGCCCUUUGAAAAGGGCAUGAACUCAUCAUUCUGCCAUCAGUGAAUUGGAAAGAUUGAGGCAAUUUAAGGAAAAAAUAAAAAGAGGUUUUGCAUCAGUGGCUGCUCAGCAGAGAUCUGCUUUAGAGAGCAUUUCAGCCCCUGACACUCCAACAGUUUCAACAUCACUGCGCGAUGGUGAGAGGCAGUGCUUUAGUGUCGAAGCAUAAUACAAUUCUCCGCACUUUUUAAAAGUGUACAUGAGGAAAUUACCGAUUCGAUCUGACAAAGAAAUGUAGUUCUGGUAUGCGUGUCCUCUUUUUACACCACCCCCAGAAAACUUGUCAGCAAAUGUCAAAUAGAAUAAGUGCAGGAAAAUGAAAACAACUUGACCAAUUUCAGCAGCGUACUGGAGCUCUGUCUGCUUAGUCAACAUGAAAAAGAGAUGGGGAAGAGCAGAGAGGGGGGGUUGUUGUAUAUAUGGUGCCAAGUGGGGCUGGGUGCCAUUUAGGCUUAAGAGAAAACUGAAUGGUCUCCCACUGAGAGCUCAUUCAUUAUUCACAUGCUAAAGAUAAACAAACCACGCUGGAACAAAUACGAAUAUUGCCCAAAGGAAGAAGGCAAGUACGAAGAGAACAGGAGGAGAGAAAAAAUUAAAAACUGGGGGGGAAAAAAUGUAGAAAGGAAAAGAACAAAUGAGGACAAAAAAAAAGGCUUUUGUAGGUUGCCUACAGAGAUAUUACAUAAAUUACAAUGGAGAUGUUUCCAUGGAUACAAAAUGGUCGUGUGAUAUACUAGGGUGGGGGACAGAUUCUCCUCUGCUAGGUUCUGCUCCAUGUGUGGGGAAGAGCUUGACACACAGAACAGACACAUUCAAGCAGACACACAGGGUGAAACUGGGAGCAGUGGAGAGAAGCAGCUCAACCAAGGACAGUCCUGGAAACGAAUGACUACCAGCCAAAGUUAAUCCUGUACUAACAGGCCAGCUUUAACAAGCUAUGCUUCAUCUGUUAAAUUUUGUGAUCAUGCGUCUACAUCCCUACAACAAGCCCAGGCAUGAGGGCUAGAGCACAUGUUUAUGCUCAUAUGUUUUGGUUAUGUCCCAAAUUAUCCAAUUUCUCAUGUCCAAUACAUAAGAGGUUUUCUAAAUUUAUUGGAAAAUAAUAUUUCAUUGUUACCCCAAAUGCAGCCUUUUGUGGCAGGAAGGUUCAUCUUCACAAAUGGAAGGGCAGAGUAUUAGUGACAUCAGAUACUUUAUACAACUUGGGGAGGGGAAAAAAGAUGCACUGCUUAAAAAAAAAGGAUCUAUUAAACUGUUUUCUGUCUUUGGUGUCAAAUAUAGAAGCAAAAGAUGUGUGAUGAAUAAGUGGCUUUCAUUAUUCAUUUUCUUUUCUUUUGUGUGAUCUGACUGUUAUGCUUUUUUUUCUUUUAU